UCUACAACUACUGAGUCUACAAUUACUGAGCUUAUAACUACUAAAUCUACAACUACUACAUCUAUUAUUUCAAAAGUAUUAAAAAAAUUAAAAACAGUGGUUGAAAUUAUAAGAGAACUUAGAAAUGAAAUUGAUGUUAUAAUGGAUUUGUAUAAUAGUAAAGAUGAAAACUCUGAUUAUAAAUAA